GGUGAGAGAGGGACGCACCGGCACCUGUUCGCCACACCGCCACUUGGCAUUGAGUUGCCGUUUUGUUGAGUUGAAUGCCCAGUUUUGCGAUCGAGACGACCGUUCAUAGCAUCUCACCACAGCCAUGCACCGCGCAAUGCGCAUACGGAGAGCCCGCAACCACGCGCACCUUUUGAGCCUCCCGCGAGAGCCGAGAGCGAGUGAGACACGGGGCAUGAGGAAUGUUUGCAUGGAUGCACCCUAUUGGGGCGGCGUGCCCCGCCACAGGCCACUGGGGGAACGGCUUUUCGCCGCCUUCAGUAUUUUGUGUGGGCGGGGCUUGCGACGUCUGAAAAAGAGGCGUUUACGGUUGCAUGCACCUAUUAGCAUCAGGGCUCCGGAAGUUGUGGGAGUUGCUGUUGCCCGUUGGCUGACGGAAGGCUCUUCGGGUGCUGCUCUGCGGCGUGGCUUUUGUACUCUUGGUAGGACCUGAAGAGACGGCGACGGAGCGUGAGAGAGAAGAGGAAGAAGGCUGCAACCGAAGAAGUAAAUAUACAUUUAGGACGGUGUCGCGGAACGGCAAUACAUAGUAGCAGGGUCGCUUCUGCGGCGGACUUGGGGGGCCGAGCAGGCGCAGCUCGGCGGACCUGGAAGCCAGGAGGGUGCGGAAGGGUUUUCACGGCAAGGAGCAGGAGAGGGCCCUGAACUGGGUUGGGGCCGGGGGUGGGAGAUGGGUUGCGGCAACGGCGGUAGAGCGGUGCGGUUUCAGGCGGCUGGCGCCUGUUGUGGCGCUGAUGACGGCGGCGGGAUCUGACAGCGACGCGAGUUAUGCGGCAUGCGCAGAAGCCAUGGAGUGAGCGGAGGAAGCUAGGUGUUGGAGAGCAAGUUGCACAAACGCGCUUGAAUAAGCUUUCGGGGGCCGCGCGAAUGGCACGAGGUGUUGUGCGUGCUCACAGGCGGACACACGGUUCCCGUGCUCCUCCCUAAUAGUGGCGGCCCUACCUGUACAGGGGCGCAUGCGCAUGCAGACACACAUAUCACAAAGGACAACGGGUCCGGUGCACCUGCCGCGAAUGUGAGACGACGUGUUGUGGCGGGGCCACGCGUGGACAUGGGGUGUGGGGGCCUGCCGAGGCGGCGUGUGUGUGUUUGUGUACUGGCCACUACUGCUAAUUCCAUGCGCACACACGACCAGAUGUGGCCGCGGCAGUCCUUAUCGACAAAUGGCUGAGAAUGGUUUAGUGCGCGCCACAGGCACCUGCCAACGCACUCGCGCUGCCGCAACGUAUUUGGCAUGCGGCUCAGGGCGUCUGUGGCGCUGAUCCAGCCUGUUGUGCUGUUGGUAGGACUUUCUUCGUAUUGACGCGGGGGCGUGCCAAACUUCAACGCUUACCAUGCACAAAAGCGGCGCCUCGAAUCGCACACAUUGGGGGCGAUCUGCGCACCGGCCUUUGCGCAUCGCCUAGUGGUUUGCACGGCUGUGGUCAUUAGUUGUUGGGACGCGGGUUCAUGAAAACCCAUAAGUUUGAAUACGACCGGGCUUCAUUGCGACAGUGCAAGAGGCGGCGGGUCCGACCUGAUCAUCAGGCACAUCGGCACAAGGCUGUCGAUUGCGUCGACACUAGGCACAUGGCGAGCCGCUCGGUCAGAUCGAGCACGGGGGGCGGGUGCUGCAUACCGCAUACAGGUGGGUUGCAGGGGUGCGCUCCGGUUAAGCGCGGCUGGGCGCGGAAGAUGCGCCAACAAAAAAAGACACAUCGAAGAGAAAGAGGAUAAAGAGCACGAAGGACGUGGUGUGUGGGUGUGUGCAGGAGCGCUCCUGUUGCGGUGCUUGCCGCUUCGGGGCUGUAACCGGGCUCCCCCGCACAUCAUGACGCAGGAGGAGGGGGCGCGUGUGUGUACGGCGUGUGUACGACGUGCGUCCUGUGUGGCUGGCGGCUGUGGGUGGCACAGCACGUGGGGCAGGCGCACCCGAGUGUUACCUGCUGUUUUGUUGUCUGGUCGCUUUUACGCUACCGUGCAUGUUUUUAGAACUUGCUUACGCUCUGGUUUCUGUUUCGUUUUGGACAGCGGGAAGCGCGGGACUGGCGCCGAGUAGUGGGCGUGCGCAGCCGGCCGAUGCCGAGGUGUUGCCAGCGCACGCGCGUUCGUACAGUAGUAGUACUGCAUACUGGAAGAUUUGGCAACUGUGUGUUGGUUGGGCACUAAAGCGGUGUCGUUGGGCGCCACCCCCACCCCCAUUCUCCAGCCCCCGCCGCUGCAGCCGUGGCCGUGUGCGGUGGUUGCCGCUCUCGGCCUCCGGCGUCAGCAUGGGGCGGUGAAGUUCAGGGAGAGGGUGGUCGGGCUGGCCAGCGCGGCUUGGGCACGCCUGGCCACGUGGCGUGUCGGACGGUCAAGACGCAUGCGCCCACAUGUGUUGCGUAUCUUGCCGCUCGUUCGCUUCUGGAAGGCAUGUCGCCCAGGGUUGUAGGAAACACGUGUGAAGAUUGCGUCACGUCUUUGUCCGACCCGGCUGGCAGUCUGGGAGUGUGGUGUGUUCAGUGCAGCGUGUGUGCGUGCUGAGGCUACGACUAUUGAACUGACCGACGCGGGCCGAGGGAAAGGAAGCCGGAGAGACUUGGUGACGAGGUAACACCGAAGAGAGGCGGUGAGGAAUAUGGCACAUCAGAAAUAGGAGUACAGGUGUGCGUGUGAGGCACGAAAGGCAGGCAACAAAUUGUGAGAAAGGACGAUAUCACGCCAAGUAUAACAACAAAUUAUGCGAGAUGAGCCUAAAAUACGAGCGUAUGGUGCUGAGUGUGUGCAAUUUCAUCGCCACAAGGCAAGACCCGGUUCUGAAGUGCCCCAUUGAGUUUACACGAUAACAUUGACGUUUGGUUGGUCCACCCUCCGGUUGCGUCGUCGUCGAGUUUAUUGUGUGCCAGUACUACUUUGCCUUCGGGCGCUGCCCCCAGCCACGGCGCAUGUCGGAGGCCUGAAGGGCGUAAGACUCCCCCCCUGCAGGCGGGGCCCUGUACAGUAUGACUGACACUGUAACACAGAAACAAC